CUACAUCCGUUGGGCGCUUCUUGGUUGAGCGUUCCAAUUUCUCCUAUUCAUUUUAAUAGAAGAGGCCCGUCUCUGCUGAAUAGUCUCUGGUUAAACUAACCUUAAGCAUAUGCUACAGAAAUAUGACUAGACUAACUGUAGCAUUCCUCCGCUCAACAGAUGGCGCCCGUUCAGUUUUACCGUGACAGACGAAGCAACGAGGAAACUUAGACGCUGUUUACAUCAGAUGGGAAUUUGUUCGGUUUAUUGAUACUUACUGACAUCAUCUGGAGCUGAUCUUAAACCAGCAGAAUGGGUGAGAGAAAAGGAGUGAACAAGUACUACCCUCCGGAUUUCGAUCCAGCCAAGCAUGGCUCGAUCAAUGGCUACUGGAAAACCCACCCGCUUCGGGAACGAGCCCGGAAACUGUCUCAGGGCAUCCUCAUCAUCCGAUUUGAGAUGCCCUAUAAUAUUUGGUGUGAUGGCUGUAACAAUCACAUAGGCAUGGGGGUCCGAUACAAUGCAGAGAAGAAGAAAGUGGGGAAUUACUACACAACUCCAAUAUACAGGUUCAGGAUGAAGUGCCACUUAUGUGUGAACUACAUAGAGAUGCAGACAGAUCCAGCCACCUGUGAUUAUGUCAUUGUAAGUGGAGCCCAGAGGAAAGAGGAGAGAUGGGAUAUGGCUGAGAAUGAGCAGAUUCUCACUACUGAGCACAGUGAGAAAGAGAAGCUGGAGACGGAUCCCAUGUAUAAAUUAGAUCAUGGGGGAAAAGAUAAGGAGAAGCUACGUGCCGCCAUACCAUCUCUCACUGAGCUUCAAGAGCACCAGUCCGGCUGGAAAGACGACUUUCAAAUCAACAGCACACUCCGCAGGAAGUUUAGGAAUGAGAAGAAAGUGAAAGCUGAGGAGGAGGAAAAAGACAACGCAGUGCGACAGAGGACUGGUCUGUCCAUCCCUUUGUUACCGGAGAAAGAAGAGGAUAAGAAGCUAGCCUCACUGCUCACCUUCCAGAGCCCAGACUCAUAUGAAGACCGACAGCACACAAAAAGGCAACAGAUAUCAUCUCGUUCUUGGUUUAGUAGCCCCUCCUCAGCAGCAGGGAGCGCCGCUGGAAACCUCUUGCAGAAGUUAGGCCAGCAGGGUCGAGGAGCAGCUGUUGCCAAAGCACUCGGCUCUUCUACGCCUAUUUCUCACAUCCUUGUACGCAGGAAGUCAGAGGGAGGCAAGACUGAAAAUGGCAAUAAUACAAACUCAUUGUGUGCUAAAUCUUGCCCUGAUGUAAACUUAGCCAAUAUGGACACUGAAGAGUGCAACGACACAAACAAAUUCAGAACCCAACACGCUCUCUUUCCUCUCACAAAUUCGGGGGAUGAGAGUAAGGACAUAAAAACUCAAAACUGCAUUACAGAGACAUACAGAGGAAGCACAUCAGAACAUUGUGGGAAAGAGGAGAAAAAUGGUACUGGUUUAUGUUCUGGAAAGUCUCUGGUUGCAGAUUACAGUGACUCAGACUCUGGCAGUGAGGUCUGAUGUAGACUGAAGAUUAAAUUAAGGCACUGCUUUAGUCAUCUUAUGGUAACAUUUUCUGAAUUGAAGAGUCUGUGAGUUCUGUUUUGGCUACGUGAAGCAUUGAACAUUGUGUUUGUUCUCCCUUUUCACAUAAUCUUUAUUAGUGGUGUUUGCUAAUGCAAGCCUCAGUGGUUAAAUUAGGAUUUUAUAGAUUGGGGAACCCUAAAAUCAUGCGAAAUAUGACAUGACAUGGUGCACCACCACCACUAACUGUUAUGCAAAUAAUAUCAUUUGUAAUGCAAUAUAUGUAUAAAAAGCGGUGCAAAAUAAAAGCAAUUUCACUAGA